CUUCAGGUGGGGAAAAACUCACUGCAUAAUUUGUCUCCCAAUGCAACGUGAAUAACAACAUGCAAUUAUACAAACUGCGUUAUACGCCAGCCCGGUCAGCGAGAGCUGAACACGUGACUCACUUCAACCUAUUUAGGUCAUCUACUGGAGUAAUGGCGGUCACCCUGUCGGCUGAUCUACUCCCAGAGUUUCUGUCAUCUCUGGGGGAUGACGCUAGAGCUAUCCAUAUUCGAGGUGAAAUAAAUUCAAAGCUGUGUUCCGUGAUAACUGACUACGACUUCAUCGUCGACCGUUGGCCAGACUACACCGCGGCGGUUGUCCGAGUAGAUUCUACCACAGCCAAGUAUCCUGUCCACCUCGGACCCCUCGUCAGCGUCUUUGCGACUCAAACAGCACACCUGGAGACGCUGCUGCGACAACCGGGUGUCCUGGACUGGUCAGCAAGGAUCAUCUUUGUCUGUGUCGACAUGGGCGCCAUGCCAGCUGUUGUGAAAGCCAUCGAUUAUCAACAAAAACCUUAUACAGUGGACAAGUACCUCCUGAUGACCGUUACACGGGACACACUCCGCACCAGGCCAAUACCUGAUGGCUUUAAGAUAACUUCCAUCAAACCAGAACAAGCAUCAGUUGUCAACUCUUUGUGGAAAUAUAAUGACGGUAAACACUCGGAAAUCUACAUUGAAGACAUUAUCGGGAAACUACCGUCGUGCUGUCUGUAUGAUGCUGAUGGCAACAUGGUGGGCUUCGCUCUCAACUAUCACUAUGGCGCUAUAGGCAUGCUGCAUGUUCUACCGGAACACCGGGGAAAGGGGUAUGCCAAGAUGAUCAUGUCCCACCUCGCCAGGUUGUGUCUACAGCAGUGUGAGGAGGUCUUUGUUCUCCCCGAGGAGGAGAAUGAAGUAUCAAUCAAGCUUCAAGAGGACAUUGGAUUCAAACAGGUGCCCGACUCAAAACGUUUUGCGUUGGUGGUUGAAUGAGGGAGGUGAGCUGCAAGAUACAUUUGGAAAACCCUAGUUUACUUAACGUAUAACAACCUCGAAAACAGACAAGCUAAAUCUACAUCCAGUCUUUAAGAAGAUUUGCAGGUGAGAGCAAACAACCAGUAAUAUGGCAGUAGUAUCUGUGAAUUGUAUAUGGUGGGAGCAAACAACCAGUAGUAUGGCAAUAGUAUCUGUGAAUUGUAUAUGGUGGGAGCA